UCUAUUAGAAUAAAAGUAACGUAAUUCUGAGAACAAUAUUUGUAUGUGAAUGUGCACCAUCUAGUGGAGUAACUCGUAUCACUAAUCACAUGACCGUCUCGAGGAAAGGAAAACAAGGAAGCACCUCAGCGCUGUCACCAUACCUGUGUUUACAGGGGAAAGAAGAUGAGUUCAGCUGUGGAGCGAACGGAAGAACAUCUCAGAGAAUAUCUCACAUAUCGUGGAUUUACCAGUACGUUGAAGACCCUUGACGCAGAAGUCAAAGCCGACAAGGAAAAGGGGUUCAGGGUGGACAAGAUUAUCGACCAGCUCCAGUUGUUUAUUCAGAACUUUGACCUGACGGGACUGAAAGAUUACUGGGGUUACCUGGACCGACGGUUGUUCUGCAGACUAGAGGACAUCUACAGGCCCACCGUCAACAAACUAAGAACAAGCCUGUUCAGAUACUAUGUUGUUCAUACCAUUCAGUCGAGAAACCUUGAGAGAACUCAGGAGUUUUUCCUAAAGCAGGCACCAGAGCUGCAGGGACAGCCAGAGUGGCGUGAUUGGUUCAUCCUGCCAUUUAUACCCUCCCCUGAGACCAAUCCUGCAUUCUCGUCAUAUUUCUCCCGCCAGUGGGCAGAUACCUUCCUGGUGUCGCUGCACAACUUCCUCAGUGUUCUCUUCCAGUGCAUGCCCCAGCCAGUGCUGCUGUGUUUCGACUUUGAAGUCCAGAGAACCACCAGCCUACUGGAGGAGAACGAGCAGCUGAGGCAAAGGCUGUUUGCCCUGCAAGGAGAAGCCCGCUUCAGGAAGGAGGACGAAGAGAUGGUGCAUCACAAACUCCCCCCCUACGUGCAAAACAUGGAUCGACUCGGCGACACUGAGCUGGACCUGGUGUCCAGCCAGCGCACGGUCAACUUGACUUCAACAGCGCCUUCUCGCAACUUCUUCUACACAUUCCUGCCCCAGGGGAGACGGGCACCUGGCAAGACGCCUCAAGGGGCUGGGUCCUCGCCAACACAGGCUUCCCUCGGAAGAAAGGACACCGCAGCCAAUCAAGUGAGACCAUAUGUUGGCCUGGCUGCGAAGCUGAAAGAGCCAGGAGUCUGUAAGGACUCCAAGCCAGUGUCUGGACCUGUUGGGAGCGCUGAGGUCCCGGCGCCACACACCCGACAAAAAAGGCACCAGGUUCAUGAGAAGGAGAGGAAGGAGCUGUUCUCCAAACCCCUUCCUCAGAUGACUGAGAAGAGAGGGGAGAGCUUGGACAUGGAGCCCCAGCCGGAGGGCCAAUGCGAGGCCUUGGACUCCCCCCCGGGCCAGGCUCGCGUGAGCGGGGAAGGGUUGGCCCCGGAGCAGCCCUUCAUCAAGCUGAGCCAGGAGGAAUACGGCGAGCACCACUCCUCCAUCAUGCACUGCAGGGUGGACUGCUCAGGCCGGAGGGUGGCCAGCCUGGAUGUGGACGGAGUCAUCAAGGUGUGGUCCUUCAACCCCAUCAUGCAGACCAAGGCCACCAUCAUGUCCAAAUCCCCCCUGCUGUCCCUGGAGUGGGCCACCAAACCAGACAGGCUGCUGUUACUGGGAAGUGGCGUGGGCACCGUGAGGCUGUAUGACACCGAUGCCAAGAAGAACCUGUACGAGAUGACCAUCGACGACACCCACCCGCGGAUCCUAUCGCUGGCCUGCAGCCCCAGCGGCACCUCCUUCGUUUGUUCCGCUGCCGCCCCCACCGGUACCGGGCGCUCCGGGAGCGUUACAGAGACGGUGACCCGCCUCCCGUUUCCGGUGUCGGGCCAGCUGCUGCUCUGGGACACCAAGACCGUCAAACCCCAGCUCCAGUUCUCCUUGGAGCCAGGACCCGUGGCCAUCAACUGCACGGCUUUCAACCACAACGGAAACCUGCUGGUCACGGGCGCGGCCGACGGAGUCAUCCGACUGUUCGACAUGCAGCGCUACGAGUGCGCCAUGAGCUGGAGGGCACACGAUGGGGAAGUGUACAGCGUCGAGUUCAGCUACGACGAGAACACCGUCAUCAGUAUCGGGGAGGAUGGCAAGUUUGUUCAGUGGAACAUCCAUCGGUGUGGGGUGAAGCAGUCGGAUCACUCCCUGCCUCAGGACGCCACGGGGCCCUUCGUGCUGUCGGGGUACAGUGGGUACAGGCAGGUCCAGGUGCCCCGAGGGCGCCUGUUCGCCUUCGACUCCGAGGGCCAGCACGUCCUCACCUGCUCCAACAACGGGGGGAUCAUCCACAAGCUAAACAGCAGCGAUGGCAAACUGGAGACUGUCCUGCCCCUGGGCGGGCACAAGGCCCCGGUGGUCACAGUUGAUUGGUGCACGGCCAUGGACUGUGGCACCUGCCUCACCGCCUCCAUGGACGGCAAGAUCAAACUGAGCACGCUCCUGGCGCAGAAGUCCUGAGGGGCC